UCAUCAUUCAUCAAAGAGUUACUUACUUAGUAACACAUAGUCAUCACAAUGACGGGCUCUGGCUCUCCUUGUGGAGCAUGCAAGUUCUUAAGAAGGAAAUGUAUAAAAGAAUGUGUGUUUGCCCCAUACUUCUGCUAUGAACAAGGAGCUUCACAUUUUGCAGCCAUUCACCAAGUGUUUGGUGCCAGCAAUGCUUCUAAAUUGCUCUCUCAUCUUCCCGUGGAAGAUCGACGCGAAGCCGCUACUACAAUCUAUUAUGAAGCUCAAGCUCGCCGUCAAGACCCCAUCUAUGGCUGCGUUUCUCAUAUAUUUUCCCUUCAACAGCAAGUUGUGAAUUUACAAACACAGCUAGAGAUUCUAAAGCAACAAGCAACACAAAGCAUGAUGGCUAGAGAUUCUCAAUCCAUAGAAAACUCUAAUUGCUAUCGAGAUUAUAUGCCUCAACAUCUUCAAGAACCUCAAGAUCUCCAUCUUCGUCAUCAUCAUCAUCAUCAUACCACUUCGAAUUAUCAAAAUAUUAAUGGAAGUUUGGAAACGGAGCGCUACUCUGAUCUAAAGAAUAUCAUGACGACGUCGUGCUACCACCAGAACCAAACCGGGACGAGGUCAUUCAUCGGAGCUGGUGGAGAUACCACGGCAGCGAGUUACUACUACAACUCCUCAAGUGGCUGCAGUGAAGAAAUUAACUCGACCAUCGGUGAAUUUUCCAAAUAUUCUGAAUUGGAUCAACAUUUGAACACUUUUAAUCAACAUCUUCAUGGCGGUGGCGGCAAUGAUCUGCUGUCCGCGAGUUUUGAGUACACCCCGUAGUCGUGAUGUCUUUUUUUUUUGGUGAAGAUAUGAAUGAACACGAUCAAGAACCGAUAUAUAUUAGUAAUAUAGUAUACUUUUA